AGGUGCAUGCCUGGCUGACUCCUUCCCAGGGUGGUGGCGGGGUAGGGUGAGGUAUUCAACUGAUGUCCCUGGGUUCAGUACUGUGGCUGGGUGCCUCCAUCCUAACACAGGCAUCUUGCUGGGAGGCAGGAAGCAGGCAGUAGAUUGACCCUAGAGCAUCUUGUGGAUCCCCAGCUUCCUACUUUGGGUCUAGGGGAUUGAUUGCAUAUUAAGCCUCAAACUUUCACAAUAUGUUAUUUGUCCAUUCAUGCAAUUAUGCAUUCAACAAACAUUUAUUUUUUAGUACUUAGUAUGUAUGAGAUGUGUGGCAGGUACCCAGGAGACAGGUCACUCUGCCCUCAGGGACCCACAGUCUAAGUGGGGGACAAUUUAGUGUGACAGGCUGUCAUGGAAAUGUGCCUGGGAGCUCUGAGAAGGGAGGUGGCCACCACUUGGGGCAUCAGGAAGGCUUCCCAGAAAAGGUGACACUGGCACUAUGUCUCACAGACAGAUACAGGCUUUAUAGGCAGCCAUGGGAACAGGGAAGGGCAUUCCAGGCAGAAGGAACAGCAUGAACAAAAACUCUGACAUAUUAGCACAAUGACGGGAAAGGGUGAUGUGGCAGGAGGGGGUGAAGGUGGGGCCUCCCGCUGUUACUGGGAAUGUGAUAGAAUCGUCAGGGAGACUGACAUGUGGAAGUCCGGGUCGGCAGUUCUGCAACAAUGAAAACAUCACACAUUUGUUGGCGAAGAAUAAGGGAGUACAGUCAUAUAGCACUUACUAUGUGCCAGGCACUGUUCUAAGCCCAUUUCAUAGUCCCAACAACUCUGACAGGAAGCUACUAUUAUUAGCAUUCCUAUUCUAGAAGCGAGGAAAGUGAGGGACAGGGAGAUUAAGUGACUCGUCUAGUAAAUGAUGAGCUGGGAUGCUCCUGAACCCUGGCGGCGUGAAUUCAGAUCCGCCUCUCACAUUGGAAGAUGAGCCCAAGUGGCCAUGAGCGCCACCUUGUGGUGAUCCUUCCCAUGUUUCUUCCUUCUGUAGGCUCUCGCCCUACCAAGCCCCUGGGAAGUGUCUUUGCUUCCCGUGACCCCCAUCCUCCAAGCAUGCCAGACCCCAGGUCUAGCUUCCGUGUCCCUGCUCCUCCAAGCAUGCCAGACCCCAGGUCUAAGGACUGAGGAAGCCUGCCUCCCCUCAGCCAGCCUCUUUGGUUGGGUAGACGGGAUGUAGUGCCGUCAGGUUCCAUAUGUACCUCCUCUUACCCCAGAGGCCAUCUGAGUGGUGGGGGAACAGGAAGCUGGGGCUCACUCUGACCCCUGCUGCCUCCUCCACACCCCACCCAGGCUGACCCCCGCCCACAGCAGGAAGGCCCUGCGGAAUUCCCGCAUCGUUAGCCAGAAGGACGACGUCCACGUCUGCAUUAUGUGCCUGCGUGCCAUCAUGAACUACCAGUCUGGCUUCAGCCUUGUCAUGAACCACCCAGCCUGUGUCAAUGAGAUUGCUCUGAGCCUCAACAACAAGAACCCCAGAACCAAGGCUCUGGUGCUGGAGCUGCUGGCGGCCGUGUGCUUGGUGCGGGGAGGACAUGACAUCAUCCUUGCAGCCUUUGACAACUUCAAGGAGGUGUGUGGGGAGCAGCACCGCUUUGAAAAGCUGAUGGAAUAUUUCCGGAAUGAGGACAGCAACAUCGACUUCAUGGUGGCCUGCAUGCAGUUCAUCAACAUUGUGGUACACUCGGUGGAGAACAUGAACUUCCGUGUCUUCCUGCAAUAUGAGUUCACCCACUUGGGCCUGGACCUGUACUUGGAGAGGCUUCGGCUUACCGAGAGUGACAAGCUGCAGGUGCAGAUCCAGGCAUACCUGGACAAUGUUUUUGAUGUGGGGGCACUACUGGAGGACACAGAGACCAAGAACGCUGUGCUGGAGCACAUGGAGGAACUGCAGGAGCAGGUGGCGCUGCUGACAGAGCGGCUUCGGGACGCGGAGAACGAAUCCAUGGCCAAGAUUGCAGAACUGGAAAAACAGCUAAGCCAGGCGCGCAAGGAGUUGGAGACCCUGCGGGAGCGCUUCAGCGAAUCGACCGCCAUGGGCGCCUCCAGGCGUCCCCCCGAGCCUGAGAAAGCACCUCCCGCUGCCCCGACGCGGCCCUCGGCCCUGGAGCUGAAGGUGGAGGAGCUGGAGGAGAAGGGGUUAAUCCGUAUCCUGCGGGGGCCGGGGGAUGCUGUCUCCAUCGAGAUCCUCCCCGUCGCUGUGGCAACUCCAAGCGGCGGUGAUGCUCCGACUCCGGGGGUGCCGACCGGCUCCCCCAGCCCAGAUCUCGCACCUGCAGCGGAGCCGGCUCCCGGAGCAGCGCCGCCGCCGCCGCCCCCACUGCCUGGCCUCCCCUCCCCGCAGGAAGCCCCGCCUUCGGCGCCCCCACAGGCCCCGCCUCUCCCUGGCAGCCCGGAGCCCCCGCCGGCACCGCCGCUGCCCGGAGACCUUCCGCCCCCACCCCCGCCACCGCCACCACCUCCGGGCACUGACGGGCCGGUGCCUCCGCCGCCGCCUCCGGGAGGUCCUCCUGAUGCCUUAGGAAGACGCGACUCAGAAUUGGGCCCAGGAGUGAAGGCCAAGAAGCCCAUCCAGACCAAGUUCCGAAUGCCCCUCUUGAACUGGGUGGCACUGAAACCCAGCCAGAUCACCGGCACCGUCUUCACAGAGCUCAAUGAUGAGAAGGUGCUGCAGGAGCUGGACAUGAGUGACUUUGAGGAACAGUUCAAGACCAAGUCCCAAGGCCCCAGCCUGGACCUCAGCACUCUCAAGAGUAAGGCAGCCCAGAAGGCCCCCAGCAAGGCAACACUCAUUGAGGCCAACCGGGCCAAGAACUUGGCCAUCACCCUGCGGAAGGGCAACCUGGGGGCUGAGCGCAUCUGCCAAGCCAUUGAGGCGUACGACCUGCAGGCUCUGGGCCUGGACUUCCUGGAGCUGCUGAUGCGCUUCCUGCCUACAGAGUAUGAGCGCAGCCUCAUCGCCCGCUUUGAGCGGGAGCAGCGGCCGAUGGAGGAGCUGUCAGAAGAGGACCGCUUCAUGCUACACUUCAGCCGCAUCCCGCGCCUGCCGGAGCGCAUGACCACACUCACCUUCCUGGGCAACUUCCCAGACACAGCCCAGCUGCUCAUGCCGCAACUGAAUGCCAUCAUUGCAGCCUCAAUGUCCAUCAAGUCCUCUGACAAACUCCGCCAGAUCCUGGAGAUUGUCCUGGCCUUCGGCAACUACAUGAACAGUAGCAAGCGUGGGGCAGCUUAUGGCUUCAGGCUCCAGAGCCUGGAUGCGCUGUUGGAGAUGAAGUCGACUGACCGCAAGCAGACGCUGCUGCACUAUCUGGUGAAGGUCAUUGCAGAGAAGUACCCGCAACUCACAGGCUUCCACAGCGACCUGCACUUCCUGGACAAGGCAGGCUCAGUGUCCCUGGACAGUGUCCUGGCAGACGUGCGCUCCCUGCAGCGAGGCCUAGAGUUGACACAGAGGGAGUUUGUGCGGCAGGAUGACUGCGUGGUGCUCAAGGAGUUCCUGAGGGCCAACUCGCCCACCAUGGACAAGCUGCUGGCAGACAGCAAGACGGCUCAGGAGGCCUUUGAGUCCGUGGUGGAAUACUUCGGAGAGAACCCCAAGACUACAUCCCCAGGCCUGUUCUUCUCCCUCUUUAGCCGCUUCGUUAAGGCCUACAAGAAAGCUGAGCAGGAGGUGGAACAGUGGAAAAAAGAAGCCGCUGCCCAGGAGGCAGGCGUUGAUACGCUGGGCAAAGGGGAGCCCCCAGCACACAAGUCACCGCCAAAGGCCCGGCGGGCACAGAUGGACCUAAUCUCUGAGCUGAAACGGAAGCAGCAGAAGGAGCCACUCAUUUAUGAGAGCGACCGUGACGGGGCCAUUGAAGACAUCAUCACAGGUAAGGGCUUGGCCAGGCCUUGGUCUUAUUCUCAGUCUAUCCUUCUACGCUGUCUUCUGACCCAGUCCCCUACCCUCUGGGGGACUGGCUGCCGCACUGCUUCUUGCUACCUUUUCUGUUUUUCUUUCCUUUUUCCUUUCUCUACUCUCCUUCACCCGCCCCACCCCCACUCAGUGAUCAAGACGGUGCCCUUCACGGCCCGUACCGGCAAGCGGACAUCCCGGCUCCUCUGUGAGGCCAGCCUGGGAGAAGAGAUGCCCCUCUAGCCCCUCAGAUCUGCGGAACCAGCCCUACAUCCGCGCAGACACAGGCCGCCGCAGUGCCCGCCGGCGUCCCCCAGGCCCCCCACUGCAGGUCACGUCCGACCUCUCGCUGUAGCCGCU